AUGGAGAAUCAAAGCCUCAAAGAUCUCUCACAGAUCCUCCCUCGUGUCCUUGUAGUCUCUAGACGCACCCUUCGCAAGAACAAAUUCGUUGAUUUCGUCGGUGAGUACCAUCUUGAUCUUAUAGUCGAGUAUGGCGCUGUACCGGUGAUUGUACCACGAGUGGCUGGCGUUCACAAAUUGUUAGAGAGUUUCAAGCCCAUCCAUGGGGUUCUUCUUUGUGAAGGAGAAGACAUUGACCCUUCUUUAUACGAGUCAGAAAUAUCGUCCCUUUCACCUGAAGAACUCGACGAGAUCCGGAAGACACAUGCGAGUGAUGCAACUAUCGACAAGGAAAAAGACUCUAUUGAGUUUGCACUCGCAAAGCUGUGCCUUGAACAAAGCAUUCCUUACUUGGGGAUUUGUAGAGGAUCACAGGUUUUGAAUGUUGCUUGUGGUGGGAGUCUAUAUCAAGAUUUGGAGAAAGAGGUGACAAGUAAUCUCCCUGAGGAACGUAGAAGAAAGCAUAUGGAUUAUGAUAACUAUGAUGGUCAUAGACAUGAGGUUAAGAUAGUAGAUAAGAGUCCUUUGCAUAAGUGGUUCAAAGAUUCAUUGGAUGAAGAGAAGAUGGAGAUCUUGGUUAACAGUUAUCACCACCAAGGGGUUAAGAGAUUGGCGCAGAGGUUCGAGCCAAUGGCUUUCUCUCCUGAUGGAUUGAUCGAAGGGUUUUAUGAUCCUGACAUGUAUAAUCCUAAAGAGGGAAAGUUCCUCAUUGGUUUACAGUUCCAUCCAGAGAGGAUGAGAAAGAAUGGUCUCGAUGAAUUUGAUCUCCCUGGUUGUCCUGUUGCUUAUCAGGAAUUUGUGAAGGCUGUGAUUUCAUAUCAAAAGAAGCUGAAUAGCUCAUUGUCAGUUCCAAAGAAAUUGGAACUCAAUCAAGAAAUGGAGAACAAAAGAAAGAUACUUCUCAGGAGCUUCUCACUUGCAAGGUCUAUGUACAUUAGAUCUUAUUCGAUGAAGAACCAACCAACAGAAUCAGGACUCGAAGUUGGAGCUGAGUUUCUUGAGUCAAAUACAGCUCUCAGUGUGGACCAAGAGAUGAACCUGAUGGGAGCGACGAUGAGGAACGGUACACAAAAGCUUAAGCUUGAUGAAGAGAAGCAGAGGAAGGCGAUGAACAUAAUGAAGGAGAUGAACGCCGAGCGACUCUCUGAGCUCAUUUCUUUCUAUCAACUGAUGGGGAAGAUCUCUAGUAAAGUGUUGGAGAGAAAGCUUCAUGCCUCCUCAGUCAACGACCUCAAUAUCACUUCUCAAUGA